UACACAAUAGCCCACGAAUGUUUUGACCCGCCCCUUUGAACAGUCAGCAGUGGGAGCUCGACCAAUCACGCCUGUGACCGGUGGUAAUAUGCACGUCGCCGUCCGAUCUGCGCUUGACCGAUAAAUGGCUGCAAGAAGCCGUGACUGUCUUCGUAGAUGCGCGGCAAAUGGUAAUUCAAUGUAAUGCAACAUCUGCAGCUUGCCCACGCUGUCAAGAUCUACCGUAUCUUGUGUGACUUUGAGUCAAAACUUGAACGAUAGUAUUAGUGCGUCCUGAGAAGCUCUGCAGCGUCUGCGAUAGCUGUAAGAAAAGGCUCAGAUUGCACGACUGGCUAAUAUUGGAACUCGUAACGUGUGUCGUUGUGUGCAAUGCGCGCGUGCAAAGGCGCAUAAAUGCAUUCAACAACCGAGGCGAGGUUCAGCUGUCCGAAUAGACAUCUCUCUCGUUGGUACCUGGGACUAUCUUCCUUGUCAUGAGUGCGUUCAGGGUUUCUCCACACCCCACUGCGAACGCCUGGCUCGGAAUCUUGGUCCAGGUCCAGGUCCAGGUCCCAUGUCACGAUCGCAGACAGGGUGCGUCAUGCCACAACAUGGAAAUCGCGACUUGUGUACAAGCCGUCAGUCAAUGCUGGGCAUGGUACUUGUCGCAUACAGAGAUAGUGUGUUGUUUCGCGAUGAGGUCCAGAGCGCUUAGGAGCAGGUUUGAGACGUCCAAGGACGGGACAACACUCGGUUCGCAGAUGAAGGCGGAGGACAGAGCAAUCGCACCGAAACCGAAACGACGAAACAAGCGUUCUGAUGGCUUGUGGGGCUGCUGCAAGGUAGAAUUGGCAAUGCUAUCGCUUUGUCCGGAUACUGCCGUUUUUCGCGCGUCGCAACGCGUCCACCAUGUGCAUGAUGCCAAUCUUACUUUGAAUAGCAACACAUGUGACUUGCCGUAGAAAUGGGCAUUUGUCGGGCCCAAAAAGCAAAUGACUAAGCCGGGCUGGGACCAAAUC